AUGCAAACAGAAAGUAAUAACCUAAAAUCCAAAGGGCAUACGCGUGUGCAGUGGGCUGUAGCUGUUUCAGUUAAUACCGCUGCGAUGACGUUCGGUUUACAAUGCGGUUGGAUGUCACCUGUAUCAAAGAUACUGCAAUCUGAAAACUCUCCUAUAGGUAGACCUUUGACUGAUUCUGAAUUAUCCUUAAUAGCUGCAAUACCAGCUUUAACCGCCACGUUUGGAAUUCUUGCUUCAUUGUACAUCGUGGAUGCAUAUGGAAGGAAAAAAGGAAUUCUCUUUACAACAGUUGCUCAAUUAGUGUGCUGGAUCAUAACAAUCUGCUCAAGAAAUUAUUACAGCCUUAUGGUAGCGAGAGUAUUUUGUGGCUUCGGUGGAGGAGCGACCUUUCAUGUAAUCCCAAUGUAUGUUAAAGAAAUUAGUCAAGACAAUAUAAGAGGUACUUUGGGCACAUUGGUUACAAUGUUACAAAACAUUGGCAUACUAGCGAUGUAUGCUCUGGGAGGUUAUUUAGACUACUACUCAGUUCUAUACCUUGUCACUGUCCUACCAGUUUUGACUAUAUUGAUUGUGUACGUUGUACCUGAGUCACCUUCGUUCUCGGUGAAACAAGGAAAACUAGAGGAAGCUGCUAAAACUAUUGCUUUCCUUAGGGGCGUGGAAGUAAAUGACAAGGAAGUAGAGUGUGAAUUAAAUUUGAUCAAAAAAGAACGUGAACAUUUCGAAUCCAUGCCCAAAAUUACAUUUCUGACCAUGUUUAAGGACAAAGCAAUGCGCCGUGGCUUCAUCAUCAUGGUGAUAAUUUUUUCCGUACUUGCAUUGAACGGCACAUUCUCUAUAAUCAAUUUUGCUGUAAUCCUAUUGGCGGAUUCGGAAAUGAAGAUCAGUCCCGAGGCUCAAGCUCUUAGUAUACCAACGUGCCUGAUUCUUGGCACUUCCAUUACGAUGUAUGCUGUAGACAAGUUCGGGAGGAAGGUGCUGCUAGGCGUCACAUUGGGCAUGUCAUCCGCAGCUUUUGCUAGCCUUGCAUCUUCAAUGAUACUUCAUAAAUAUGGCUGGGCGACGCCGGAUUGGCUACCCAUUGCGGUAAUUUUGGUAAUAGUGUGCUGUUAUGGAACUGGUGUCUCAACUGUUCCAUAUGUUUUAAUAACUGAGAUGUUUAGUUUCCAAAUUCGUGCAAUGGUUAUGGCAUGCAUAUGCAUACUAGCAUGGCAUUUAAGUUUUGUACAAUUGGUCUCCUUUACCGCAAUUAGCAGCGCCAUGGGAGUUUACACGUCUUUUUAUAUAUUCAGUGCGAAUAAUCUGUUUGGCCUCAUUGUUGUGGUAGUGAUUCUUCCGGAGACAAGAGGGAAGAGCGUGGAGCAGAUAGAAUUGAAGUUACGAGGAAAGUAA